CUCUCGGUUGAUGAAGGGUUUUAGGAACCCUGCAGAGCCCCACGUCCUGCUCUAGAGGUUUCUGAAGCAUCACAAACGGAGGAGUCUUUCUCAGCUCCUCGGUGGCUCUUUUCCCAUUCUGUUCUGUUUCUCCCGCUCAGAUCUGCUGGCCAUGGGCAACCUGAUAAAGGUAUCACAUGGGGAACCUUCUUAAAGUGUUGACUUAUAACGAGCUUGACCAAGGGCCUAAUUUUUUCCUUGACUUUGAACACGCUCAGCCUACGGAAGCCGAAACGGCCGUGUGGAAUCAGGUGAAUGCCGUCCUGGAGGAAGCCCAGACCAUCCUGGCAGAGCUGCAGUCCUACACGGGAGCAGGCCAGGAGAUCCGAGAGGCCAUUCAAAACCCCAGCGACCUGCAGCUCCAGGAGAAGGCCUGGAACGCCGUCUGUCCGCUGGUGGCCAAGCUGAAGCGGUUCUACGAGUUUUCUCUUCGGCUUGAGAAUGCCUUGAGGAGCUUGCUGGAGGCGCUCACCAGCCCGCCCUAUGCACCGACUCAGCACCUGGAAAGGGAACAAGCGCUAGCCAAGCAGUUUGCUGAGAUUCUGCACUUCACGCUCAGCUUUGAUGAGCUCAAGAUGACCAACCCUGCCAUCCAGAAUGAUUUCAGUUACUACAGAAGAACCAUCAGCCGAAACCGGAUCAACAACCUGCAGCUCGAUUCGGAGAGCGAAGUGAACAAUGAAAUGGCCAACCGGAUGUCCCUCUUCUAUGCCGAGGCCACCCCCAUGCUGAAGACGCUGAGCAACGCCACCACCAAGUUUGUUUCCGAGAACAAAACUCUUCCGAUAGAGGAUACGACCGACUGCUUAAGCACCAUGGCCUGUGUCUGCCGAGUAAUGCUGGAAACGCCGGAAUACCGCAGCCGAUUCACCAACACUGAAACUCUCCUUUUCUGCAUGCGCGUGAUGGUGGGGGUCAUCAUCCUCUACGACCACGUACACCCUGUGGGGGCUUUUGCCAAGACCUCCAAAAUUGAUAUGAAAGGUUGCAUCAAGGUCUUGAAGGACCAGCCGUCCAACAGCACAGAAGGUCUUCUGAAUGCACUGAGGUACACCACCCGGCAUCUCAACGAUGACACCACGUCCAAGCAAAUCCGGGCCUUGCUGCAAUGAACGCGUCCGGCCGCUGAGAGGGGAGCCAUUCGCCAGAGACCCCGACAGGGACCGUUCCUUCAGCAGAAGUUGUAAUGUUGACAUGUUGCUAUAAAUAACCAUUGGCCAUCAUAGUUCUCAUUUUGUAAAAAAGAAGAAGAUGAUGUUGCGUUGAGGAAGAAGAAGAUGUUGAUGAACAGGGAAGAUUUUAAAUAUAUAUA